UGGCAAUACUGGAGAAUUCUUGAUUCUUCUCAAAAUAUUUUGAAAUGUCAAAUCAAAACAAAAAUGGCCGACGACGACGAAAUUGACAUUCUAGGAGAUUUCUCUUUUAAUUCUUGUUUUGCUCAAAAUAACCAAGGAAUCCCUUCGUGUUCGAACAGAGAGGACACGGUGCACCCGCAGUGGCUCCUCGACUCCACGGAGACGAACUGGUACGAUAAACAAACUAAUAGGUUCAAAGAAGGUUCACCAAGGAAGCUUUAUGGCAAUAACUCUUCAGACAGACACUACAAUGAUAUACAUACUGCAUGGAGCUCAUCAGAGAGAGAACUUCUUAUCAAAGAAAUGGCAAAGUAUGGCAGAAAUGUGAGAAAGAUAUCACAGACGUUGAAAACUAAGACUGAAGCAGAAAUACAGGCUUUAAUUGAGGCUGAAUAUGGAGUCAAUCUAGAGACUCCAUCAUUUGGCCUUGACAAACCGGAGGACCAUGAGGAUGUGCCCGCGGUGGUCCAGGAAGAAAUAGUAACAGAUGACAUGACCAGUAUAAAUAAUGUAAUCAACAUGGUAACCACUGGAGCACCCACAAUAAAUAUACCAAAGAAACCGUUCAGAAAAAAGAACACAAACUCCAAAAGUUUACUGAAACCAGAUGUGUUGUUAGAUAAAAAGGCUGAAUUGAUGGCAAUAAACCCAGCAGAAAUAUUGUAUGAAGAUGAUUUGAUAAUAGGCUCCACAGAAUCUAUUGGUUCUGACUUAGACCUGACUGAUAUUGUGUCUAAGAAUAUUGUUAAAUAUCAAGCGAAAGUUAAGGCUGAAAAGAAGAUUGGUAAUCAUAGGAGAAAAAAAUCUAGGAAUUAUGAUAAAGGUGCUCCUAGGAAUAAAAGUAAGGAAUUGUUGAAGACACCUCCAGGGAGGCAGAGAAAGGAUUCUAGUCUUUCUGAGGAUAGUGUGAAGAGCCCUAAGAUGCAAAUAGUGCUGGGUUCUGGACUAGCUUUACCAGUUUCAGAAGGAGAGCAAGUGAUAAAAAUUGAAAAGAAAAAAGACUCGGAUCCCGAAAGCGACAUAGAAAUAGACGUGGACAGCGACAGUGAGAGCAGCGCGCACAAGACUACGCCGAAGAAGGAACAGAUUAAAGCUAACGAUGAAGCUCCCAUAGCUGUGCCACUGAGCAGGUUCGAGCCCAUGCCCAAGAGGCAGAAGAAAAUUAACUUGGACGGCGGCGGCGGCUACACAAUAAUGCAUACGGCGGCCGGUGACUUGUAUGCAGUAGGUGCCGAGCCGCGUCGCGUCCGCGUGUCCCGGCCUCCGCCCGUGCAGCUCUUACAAUGUCGGCUUUAUAGUGCUGAUAAACCGGCGCCAUUCGACGUUCGCAUGCAUGUAUCAACUCUACUCUUAAUGGACGGUCAUGCACACACGUCACGCGGCGAGGUGAUGGGACUUCUAGGAGGCAACGUCAGUGAGACAGUCAGGCUGGCACUCACUAUCACUGCGUACCGCCCGGCCGCUGCCGCUGCUGGCAGCACGCACUGCGAGAUGGACCCAGUGUCCCAGUCGAUAGCGGCGGAACAGGUCCGUGCUAUCGGUGCACACGUGUGCGGCUGGCACCACUCGCACCCGGAGUUCCCGUCGGCGCCGUCGGCACAGGACCUGCGCUCGCAGCGCGCGCUGCAGGCGGCGCUGGAGCACGCGCCCUUCCUCGCGCUCAUCACCGCGCAGCACUGGCCCACCGGCCGCACCGCCUCCAUGUACCGUUGCUUCCGUGUAGACGACGAGGACACCUCCGACCUGCCUACUGGCUUCCAAUUCAGCGUGAAGCUACUAUCAGAUCUCACCACUGACAACUUAGCUGCCUUCCUGCAAGAGUUGCAUACCGUCAUGAUCGAUAACCUCGCGAGCAACGAGCUGAGUGUCAAUGUGAAGAACGAUGUUUGUCCGCAGGCCGGCAUCACCUAUUUGGAGAAGUUCAUAUGCAGUGCAUCACAUCACAUGCGGUCGGCGGGCUACGAGGAACACGACCCUCUCGUCAAACACCUCAUACAAGGAAUUAGAGAUAUCUUCAGAUAGAAACUGUUGCUAAACUUAUUUUAAGGGUUUAACCUAUUGUGUAAAUACAGUUAUGCACAAUAACUGGUCAGUAUAU